AUGCCAACACUUGGAUCUCUUCCACUCAACCUCAGCAACAUGGACGCCGCCUCUAAUGACUUCGGCGCCCCCUCCUCCCCAGUGUUCUGGCGCUCGCUGCCCCGGGAGAUACAACUAAUGAUACUAGAUUACAUUUUAUCCAAUUACUUCACCAAGCGAACAGACGCGGCUUCUGAACAGACGUGCCAACUAUCUGCUCUAGGUCCCGUGUGCAAGGACUGGCAGUACUUGGUCGAAAAACGCACCUUUCGUCGUCUGUCCCUCAAGGCACCGGACCUGCCAAUGUUUCGCGAGUUUGUUGGAGGAAAGAACACCAUCAGGCUCAACCACAUUAGACACCUCUCGUUGCGAAUAGAGCUCGCCCGAUACACCUGUCCGACCUGCAAGAAGCCCGAGAAGGAAGCCACGAUUUCCCGAAGCAAUUGGAUCUUUACGUCUGCUUUGAGACGUCUACUGAAAGUUCUCUCAUCUUGGGACCGCACGCACGGAGGGCUUACGUUGGAAGUUACUGCCCUUUCACCCAGCGAUGUUGAGCACCAUGCCUACGAGCCUGAAUUGGCACAUGACUAUCCAUUCCAGCUUGAGGAAGAUCUGGAACAGCCUUCAAGUUUCGGGAAUAUCACACUACGAAGUCUACUGAGCCUAGAGCAUUUUCCGAUCGUCACAUAA